ACCUUCCCCUCUAGCUCUCUCUCUCUCUCCCCCUUUCUGCUGCAUUCCCUUCUCCGCACGGAGCAGAGCAGCUCGCCAUGGUGAGGAAGGACACCACCACCACCAUGAGGCUCCCUCCGCAGCACCAGGGGCUCGAGGUCAAGAUCCCCAGCUUCUUCCGCUGCCCGAUCUCGCUCGACGUCAUGCGGUCGCCGGUGAGCCUCUGCACCGGCGUCACGUACGACCGUGCCUCCAUACAGAGGUGGCUCGACUCCGGCAACACCACCUGUCCGGCAACCAUGCAACCGCUUCCGUCCACGGACCUCGUGCCAAACCUCACCCUCCGCAGCCUCAUCACCCACUGGUCCAAUUCCGCCGCCUCCUGCUCGCCCGUCGCCGGAUCCGCCACGUUCUUCGCGGGUCCUUCCCCGGCAGCGCUCGUCCGAAAGGUCGCGUCUUCCGGGACCAACCCCUCCCCCGCGCUCCGCGAGCUGGCGGCCUAUCUCUCCGACGACGACGUCGACGAGUUCGAGAAGAACGCGCUGGUGGGCGCCGGCACCGCCGCGGAGACCGUCGCGUCCGUGCUCAGGCGGAAAGGGGAGCAGAUAAGCGUCGAUGGCCUGGAGGCGGCCGUGCGGGUCCUCGCCGCGAUCGUCGCGCUGGAUGGCAUCGAGGACGCGAACAAGAAGCGGGUCGCCACCGGCCUCGCCGUGGACGCGGCGGCCUCGGCCGCGUCGCUGGCGCGCGUCCUGCGCGGCGGGAGCGGCCUGGAGGCGAGAAUUGACGCGGCCAGGCUCGUGGAGUUCCUGCUCGCCAAUGCCGUCGCCGAGACAAAGGCGGCCGUGGCCCAGUCGUCCGACCUGGUGGCCGAGCUCAUCCGGCUCGUCGGGCCCGUCGACGAGAAGGGCAGCCUCGACAAGAAGGCCAUGGACACCGGCCUCUCCUGCCUCGCCACCAUCGCGGGGUCGCGGCGCGCGGCGCGCGACGAGAUGGUGCGCCUCGGCGUUGUCCCGGCCGCGGUGCGCGCGCUCCACGCCACGACGGAGCCUAGCUCCUCGGCCAAAGUCCUCCGGAUCCUCGAGUCCGCCGUCGGCUGCGCCGAGGGCCGCGCCGCGCUCUGCAAGGACGCGGAGGCGACCGUCACCGCCGUGCUCGACAGGAUGAUGAAGUCCGGUCGCGACGGCGCCGAGGCCGCGGUCGCCGUGCUCUGGGCGGUGUGCCACAAGUACAAGGACCGCAGGGCCUCGGACGCCGCGGCGGCGUCGGAGGGCGGGCUGACGAGGCUGCUUCUGCUGCUGCAGAGCGGGUGCUCGCCGGCGGCCAGGCAGAUGGCGCUGGAGCUGCUCAAGAUUUACAGGGUGAACGCCAAGAGCUGCUUGGCCGGCUACGAUUCCAAGACCACCCACAUCAUGCCAUUCUGACCAGAGCUUAACGGAUGGCUUGCAAGCUCGGAACGGGGGAUAAUUCCUUCUUUUCUUCAUGUUUUUUUUGGUUUUUUAAAAUGUAAGUUGAUAGAGAAAGAGAAGAACUGAUUCGUCAAGUCAGGACAGGAGAAGAAAGAAAAAAUAAUCUGUAAAUUGGUAGUGAGUUUUGAUAGAAACAAAUGGAGAUUGCUAACCAAAAUCUGUAUAUCCGAUCCUAUUGCCAAAUCAUUGCAAUUGCUCGCAA